GCGAAGCUAUCACUCGGUAAUGUCGCAUCCAGCGGAGGACAGACUGCUUCUGGAAUAUUGCUGGUAGCAGGCAGAGGAAGCCGAGCGGACAUGGCCGUAGCAGUCGCUCAUCUCCACCGAGCUGCCGUGCCGCGGGUCCGGGGUCAGUUUGUACCGAAGCUUAGCGGAGUUUCUGCUGUUGGACACCGCGUACUGGCCUAGCUAACCUCCGCCAGUAAAAACAGCCCCGCCGGAGAGACGGUUUAACAUGAUGUUCAACAUGGUGCCCUCACUGUAGAGGACAUUUCUUUUCGUAUCGGGGUUGGCUUUAUCGGUCGCUACCAUGUCUGACCAAAACUACUAUUGGACCGUGUUGCCGAGCUACAAAACUAGUUUUGUGACUGGUGCCAUGAUGAAAAGGUCAAAAAGUUCCCGUAACAACAAGAGAAGGAGUUUGGCGGUCGGGACCCCGUCGCCCACACUCUCACGACCGCUUUCGCCUCUCCCGCUGGCCACAGCUGGCAGCAGCCCUUCAGAAAGCCCCAGAAAUGUCUCUGCCAGCACCUCUGCCAACUUCCAGUUUGCCCGCAGCCAACUGGCCCGCACUGAAAGAGCGGACGGCCGAAGGUGGUCUGUGGCGUCUGUUCCCUCUUCUGGAUACUGCACCAAUGCACCUAGUUCUUCAGUAUCUUCCUCCUCUUCCCAGGAAUUAUUGCACCAGUUGCCCUUAAAGCCCACGCAAGAUGAUCUCCACUUCCUGUUCAAACAUUUCCGGAGCACGGAGAGUGUGGCGGACGAAGAAGGAUCACAUACCUCACCGCCUGUCAGGCUCCGCUCACGCAGUCUCAGCCCUGGACGGACAUGUGGAACAUUUGACAAUGAGAUUGUCAUGAUGAAUCAUGUCUACAAGGAACGCUUUCCCAAGGCGACAGCCCAGAUGGAGGGUCGGCUGUUGGACAUCAUUGCAGAGUGUUCCCCAGGCACCGCUCUGCCCCUGGCUGACGGUGUGCUGGGAUUCAUUCAGCACCAGCUGGUGGAACUCGCCAGAGACUGUCUGGACAAGUCCCAGAAAGCUUUGGUCACCUCCAGGUACUUUGUGGAGCUGCAGGAGAAACUGGAGAAGCUGCUACAUGAGGCGUACGAGCGUUCAGAGAGUGAGGAUGUGACCAUCAUCAUCAAACUGGUGAAGAAGAUUCUCAUCAUCAUCUCCAGACCUGCCAGGCUCCUGGAGUGUCUGGAGUUUGAUCCAGAGGAGUUUUACCAGCGCUUGGAGGCUGCAGAGGGUCAUGCCAAGGUGGGCCAGGGCAUCAAGACUGAUAUUCCCAAAUAUAUCAUCAGCCAGCUCGGCCUCACCAGGGAUCCCCUUGAAGAGAUGGUCCAUCUGGAACAAACAAGCCCAAGUCACAGAGCGACCAGCAGAGAGUCUGAUGACACUGGAGAAGCAACACAUAUACAGAGCCGCGCAGCCUGCACCCCUCCACGUAGGAAACCACUGGAGAGUGACUUUGAGACUACCAAGCUCAUUAGUAAUGGUGCCUAUGGGGCUGUGUUUCUUGUGCGCCACAAGGAAACCCGUCAGCGCUUUGCCAUGAAGAAGAUAAACCGGCAAAACCUGAUUUUAAGAAAUCAGAUCCAGCAGGUGUUUGUGGAGCGAGACAUCCUCACCUUUGCUGAAAACCCAUUUGUGGUUUCUAUGUUCUGUUCUUUUGAGACACGGAGGCACCUCUGCAUGGUGAUGGAGUAUGUGGAAGGUGGAGAUUGUGCCAACCUGUUAAAGAACAUUGGUCCUCUGCCUGUGGACAUGGCCCGGAUGUAUUUUGCAGAGACAGUCCUGGCUUUAGAGUACCUUCACAACUAUGGCAUUGUACACAGAGACCUCAAACCAGACAAUUUGUUAAUUACCUCCUUGGGACACAUUAAACUGACAGACUUUGGGCUGUCAAAGAUCGGUCUAAUGAACAUGACUACCAACUUGUAUGAAGGUCACAUUGAGAAAGACACCAGAGAGUUCAUCGACAAACAGGUGUGUGGUACUCCAGAGUACAUUGCUCCAGAGGUGAUCCUGAGGCAGGGCUAUGGGAAGCCUGUAGACUGGUGGGCCAUGGGCGUCAUCCUUUAUGAGUUCCUAGUGGGUUGUGUGCCUUUCUUUGGAGACACACCAGAGGAGCUCUUUGGUCAGGUGGUCAAUGAUGACAUCAUCUGGCCAGAGGGGGAGGAUGCUCUGCCUGCUGACGCCCAGGACCUUAUCACCAGACUGCUGAGACAGAGUCCUCUGGAGCGCCUAGGGACAGGUGGAACCACUGAGGUGAAGAUGCACAUGUUCUUCCUGGGUCUGGACUGGAAUGGACUCCUGAGGCAGAAAGCUGAAUUCAUACCUCAACUAGAGACUGAGGAGGACACCAGUUAUUUUGACACCCGAUCAGAGCGCUACUGUCAUAUGGACUCAGAUGAUGAUGAUGAAACCAAUGAUGAUGAAUCUUCUCUGGAGCUGCGACAGUUUUCCUCUGUGGCCCAUCGCUUCAGCAAGGUGUACAGCAGUACAGAGCACCUGUCCACCUCCACGCCGUCCAACCAGAGCUUGUCGUCAUCAGAGCGAAGCCACAGUGAGGAGAAGGAGGAGCGAUGGGAGGGCAGAGGAAUCCUCUCCCCCAGCGACGGACACAAACACUUGGCUAGUGGUGACAAAAGGGCAGAUGGACACAGGGGGAGUCUGCGCCCUCGUGCUUCUUCCAGCUCCUCCCAGUCAGAGCGCAGCGCCAGCCCGCUAGUGAUGAACAGCACCCAGAGCCUUGAUGUCAUGCCUCGCUUUGCCAUCUCUGCCGAGGAGGAGGAUGGGAUGGUCUCCAACCUGCGGCGCAUUCGUCUCCGGAGCAACAGCACAGGCACAAGGCCGUCAUUCCGGAGGGGGGCGUCCCGUCGCAUCGCCCACCAGCUGGAGACCCCAGAGAAACCCAGAUCAACAGCUGGCAAAGUCCCAAAAUCCGCCUCAGUCUCCGGCUUGUCCCUCAUUAUUACCCCAGACGACUCGGCAUGUCCUCCAACCAGCCCCAAAUCAUCUUUGUCCCUUUCAUCCAACCCCUCGUCCAGAGACUCGUCCCCCAGCCGGGACCUCUCAGUCAGUGUCAGCUGCCUCAGGCCUCCUGUGGUCAUCCACAGCUCUGGGAAGAGGUUUGGAUUUGCUCUGCGAGCUAUCAGAGUCUACAUGGGAGACAGUGACGUGUACACUGUACACCACAUGGUCUGGUGUGUUGAGGAGGGCAGUCCAGCACACGAGGCAGGAUUGAGGGCCGGUGACCUCAUCACUCACGUUAACGGGGAGUCUGUUCAGGGACUCGUUCACACUGAGGUGGUGGAGCUCCUGCUCAAGAGUGGCAAUAGGGUGACCCUGCAGACGACUCCACUGGAGAACACCUCGAUUAAAGUGGGCCCUGCUAGGAAGGCAAGCUACAAGGCCAAGAUGGCUCGGCGCAGCAAAAAGAGCAAGAGGAAGGAUGGACAGGACAGCAGACGACGUAGCAUCUUGAAGAAACUGUCCAAGCACACGCCUCCUCCGCCCAUGCAGAGCAGUCGCAGCUUCUCUUCAGGUUUCCACCAGUCAUCUAGUGACAGCCUCUCUGGAUCCCCCACACAGUCACUCUCUCCUGGCCCUUCCACACCCUGCCGCUCCCCUGCCCCUGACCACUCCGGAGAUUCGAGUUCUUCACCUUGCUCCAGCUCCCCUAACUCGCCUGUACCUCAGGCCCGGCCCAGCUCCCUUCACGUUUUGGGUCGCUACUCCAAGGCUGGCCGCUGCAAGUCCACCACCAGUAUACCCCCUUCUCCGCUAGCCUGCAUCCCUCCUCCUCAGCCCCUCUCUCCUCAGUGCUCUCCAUCUUGUCUUCCCAGUCACCCCAAGUCCCUACAUGGUUUCCAUGGCAAGACAUUGUCCCCUCCCACCAUCGCCCGCCAUUCUGUGCGUCCCCGCAGUGCAGAACCACCACGCUCACCACUCCUCAAGAGAGUCCAGUCAGCAGAGAAGCUGACUGGAGACAAGAUGACAGGCGGUUACCAUGCAGAGAGAAAGGCCUAUAGCACCCGUCGCCACACCAUGGAGGUGCCUCUGUCUGAGGGUGAGGGGCUAGAGGACAUGGAAGGGGACACCGCCACCGGGUUUGUCUGUGUUGGUGAGCAUGGCCGUCAAGGGCUGUACAUAGGUGGGCAAAGAGGCCACCAGGACUUGAUUGGCGGAGGCAGUGAGCACCACCGCUCCUCCAACGCAUCACCGCAACACCGUGGCGGAAACCACCACUCCAAAGAGGUGGUGGUGAUGAGGAAGCUGGCUCUGUCAGAGCGGAGGGACUCCUUCAAGAAACAGGAAGCGGUGCAGGAAGUGAGUUUUGACGAUUUGGAGGAGAGAGAGGCGACGCCGAGCCCCACCCAUCCCAUCACGCAGCCGAAGUCGUUCAAGGCGUCCUGGGUCAACUCGGCCCAGUCAGAAUCCAGUGUGAAGCUGGGAGGAAGAGGGUCACAGAGUACAACAGCACAGCAGAGAGCCAAGUCAAAAGAGAAAGAAGGGUUUUAGUUCUUCC